AUGUAUUACAGCGUUUGCGAGAACAACGAAAAGUACCAGGUUCUUUAUCGGAUGGAAGAAUUCCAUCCAGAAGAAUGGUCAGUCCUUCAAAGUCUACGCAAUCGUAGAGACAUCGUCAUUAAGCCCGCCGACAAAGGUGGUGCCGUAGUCGUUUGGCGCACUGAUCUUUACAAAGAAGAGGCUUUUCGUCAACUAUCUAACACUCAGUUUUAUUGUGAAGUCGACAAGGACCUCACACCCAACAAUCAAUCUCUGGUCAAAGGCACUAUCAACUCCUUUAUCUCUAACGGCAGCCUUCCUCCUACUGCCGUUAAUCUUAUUAUCACCACUCCUCGAACUUCUAAUAUUUAUUUUUUACCUAAAAUUCACAAAGAUAACAAUCCAGGCCGCCCUAUUGUUUCUGCCUGUAAUUGUCCCACUGAACUUAUAUCUAGUUACCUUGACUCUCUUAUGCUACCUAUUGUUAAGACUCUUCCCACCUACAUCAAAGACACCAAUCAUGCCCUUCGAAUCUUCAACGAUUUYAACUUUCAAUCCGAAUCCAAGUUUUUAUUUACUAUGGAUGUUAAGUCUCUUUACACUGUUAUUCCUAAUGACGAAGGACUUCUCGCUCUGAAACAUUUUUUUGAUCGCCGUACUGUUUUAGAACCUAGUACAGCCACUUUGUUACGCUUAGCCGAACUCGUUCUCACUCUUAACUGUUUUUCUUUUGACAAUCGUUAUUUUAAACAAAUUAACGGCGUGGCUAUGGGCACUAAAAUGGGUCCUAGUUACGCUAAUUUAUUUGUGGGUUUUGUUGAAGAGCAAAUUUUUGAACAAUAUUCUGGACCUAAACCUGAACUUUUUGGUCGGUAUAUCGACGAUUAUAUUGGUGCUACUUCUUGCAGCAAACCUGAUCUAGACGCUUUUAUCUCUUUUGUUAACUCUUUUCACCCUUCACUUGACUUCACUUGGGAAAUCAGUGAAACCUCCGUAUCUUUUCUGGAUAUMUUUGUCACUAUCACUGAUAAUCAUCUCAGUACCAGCGUUCAUUACAAACCCACUGAUUCUCACUCUUAUCUAUYAUACUCUUCAUCGCAUCCCAAGCAUACUCUCGAUUCUAUACCUUUCUCUCAGUUUUUACGUCUACGACGUCUCUGCAGUGACGACAUUGAUUUUUCUAACAAAUGCAGUGAAAUGUGUUCUUUUUUGAUCAAUCGAAAGUACCCGGUUUCUAUCAUCGACCGUGCUCUUCAAAAGGCAUCAUCUAUCGAUCGAACUACUGCUCUCACUCCCAAUUCUCGCUCUGUUAAUAAUCGCAUUCCUUUUGUCACUACUUUUCACCCUAUCAACAAUUCUAUUAAACCUAUUAUUACCCGCAACUUUAAUAUACUUGACGCAGACCCUACUAUGCCUAAUGUUUUCAGUGAACGCUCUCUUUUCUCUUUUAAAAGAGAUCGUAACCUUCGUGCUUUCUUGGUUAAAGGAAUUCUUCCAUCCGAUAAAGAACCUG